CCGUUCAUAUUCAAACGACUUUACCGUUUGAUGUUUGAAAUCUUCUUUGUGAAUUUGUUAGAACUUAUCAAUACAUUUGUCCUUAACUAUUAACAUUUUAUUUCAUUUUAAUUUAUAUUUUAAGUUUAUUUAUAAUGACGUCAAUCAAAGAAGAUGAAAAGAAAGAAAUUCCUGAAAUUAUCCACGAUCCCCAAACACAUUGCAGUUAUCAAAGGUUGAGAUUCUUUGGAAAGGGUGGCUUUGCAAAAUGCUACGAAAUACAGGACAUAGCCACAAACCAGGUGUAUGCUGGCAAAAUAGUAUCAAAGAAGCUGAUGGUAAAAUCAAGCCAAAGAGACAAAAUGUCCCAGGAGAUUGAUAUUCAUCGGUCGUUAAAACAUAAGCAUGUUGUCGGAUUCCAUAACUUUUUUGAAGACUCACUCAACAUUUAUAUUGUACUGGAGCUCUGCAAAAGAAGAUCUAUGAUGGAGUUGCACAAACGUAGAAAAGCUAUUACGGAGCCAGAGACCAGGUUCUACAUGCAUCAGAUACUAUUAGGUGUGCAGUAUUUGCACAGCCAGAGGAUCAUACACAGGGAUCUCAAACUCGGAAAUCUAUUCCUGGAUGAUGAUCUACAUGUUAAGAUUGGGGAUUUUGGCCUUGCGGCAAAAAUUGAGUAUGAAGGAGAGAGAAAGAGGACUUUAUGCGGUACACCAAAUUAUAUCGCACCUGAAAUAUUGACAAAGACUGGGCAUUCCUUUGAAGUUGACAUCUGGAGUUUGGGAUGCAUCAUGUACACAUUGCUGGUUGGAAAGCCACCAUUCGAAACCUCCACACUUCGGGACACUUAUAAGAGGAUCAAACUAUGUGAAUAUAGGAUACCAUCGUCUCUCCGAAAGCCGGCGGCAUCUAUGAUAGUUCUACAGCUACAGUCUGUCCCAGCGAAGCGGCCUCCUGUCGACAAACUGCUCCAACACGAGUUCUUCACAUCAGGCAUCAUGCCUGCUGCGCUGCCACUGUCUUGCCUCACGACCGCGCCCAGAACCGAUCAACUCGAGGGACUCGCGCUACUCAGACGACCGCUUAAUGAAGUUAAGAACAACGAGAACAUCAUGGCCGUGGACUCGCCGAUGAAGCGUGGUCCAGGGAUGCCACUGGAACACCACGCCGUGGAGCCGCUGUCACACAAGCAAAAUCUGGUGGCGCUGCGAGACCAGCUGGCCGCUCUACUCAAUGCGAAGACUGUGGGGCAGUUGAAAUGCCGCCGCGAAUGCCUUACCGACGAUAUGAGCGACCCUGUGGCCCAACCUCUGGUUUGGGUUGGCAAGUGGGUCGACUACAGCGACAAAUACGGCUUCGGAUAUCAGCUGUGCGACGAGAGUGUCGGUGUUAUGUUCAACGACACUACCAAACUCAUCAUGUUGGCUAACGGAGUGAAUGUUCACUAUAUUAAUCGACAAGGCCAGGAGCAGUAUUUGACUAUGCAGGAAUACCCUCACGACCUCGACAAGAAGAUGAAACUGCUUACUUACUUUAGACGAUAUAUGACUGAGCAUCUUAUGAAAGCUGGUGCAUCAGUGCCAGUGCGAGAGACUGACGGGUUGUCAAGAUUGCCACACUUGCACCAGUGGUUUAGGACCACACUUGCAGUUAUCAUGUACCUAACCAAUGGAACUUUACAGAUAAACUACCAAGAUCACACGAAAAUCAUCCUAUGUCCGCUUAUGCAAGCAGUGACAUAUAUCGACAUCGAUAAGAACUUCAGGACAUUCCGGUUCAGUACACUCGAGGAACACGGUUGCGACAAAAAACUAUACGCAAACCUAACGUACGCAUUAGAAAAACUAAACAGUAUAUUAGAAAAUAAACUUAAUGUGUAGUACUGCAGCAGAGUACAGUAUUUGACCUAUGAUUGAAUGCAUGAAUGUGGAAUGUGAAUUAAAUGAAUUGAUUUAGAAUAAAGGGCAAUAAGGGCAGAAGAAUACUUUUUGGGUGGCGACUUGCUAUUUGUGCUUUUGUUUAUUACAACGGCCGGGACGUUAUUUUAAAAACGGGUCCUCGCGAUUUAGUCCGUGUGUAACUUUCGAUAAGUUCUCAACAUAAACUCUCAUCCACACAUUAUACUCCGACCUACGGCAUUUCGUCGCCCGCCCAUACUAUUGUGUCGUUUGCCUGGGUGUUAAAGAUGUACAUCAAAUCUAACUGGUAGUUCUAGAGAUGAGCGCGUUCAAACACACAAAAGCUCGAUUAUUAGUUACUAGAUUUAGUAAACAUAUUUAUAAAAAAAUAGUCCUGAAUACGGUUUUGGAUAUGAAAUUCAAUAAUAAACAAAAUCAUACUACAAUAUUCUAAAUAGUGUAAUAAAUUGUUUAUUUGAUAACCUUUUUUUUUUUAUUCACUAACUCGCAUUCGCAAACUUCACUCUGAGCUUAGUUAUUUUACAAUAAAAUUAAUCUCGAAAAGAUGUAAUAAAUAUAUAUUUCAGUGGCUAUUUCAGUCUCUCACCGAAAUAUUUAUUAUAUUGUGCCCAUAAAUGUUCCUACAUUUUUUGGUCUGCUUGGAUGUUAGU